AUGUCGCAGGAUUCCCCAAUGUCCGCAAUGUUGACCUCAUUUCCUUCUCUCCCCUUUGCAAGCGGCUCGAAACUCGUCAACCAAGCAGAGAUGCCCGCAAUUUUUCAACCAGCCAUGCUGAAUCUGCAGAAUUCCAGAUACAGCUCCAGUCCAACAUCCAAUAUGCCGUCAAAUGAGUUUGACUGGCGUUGUAUGCAGCCCCUGCAGGAUAUAUCAUAUAGUACUUAUGUACCACUGGGACAAGCCAUCGCCUCCGCCAGUGCACAGGCACUUGUGCACUGUGGCAACCAUGCCUAUACACCGCUUCAAUUAGAGAAUGUACAGCUCAAACACCAGAUGGAGGGCAUGCAGCUCCUUUUUUUGAGGCUUUAUCCUACUAUUUCUGAGCCAAACCAGCUCAACUCUUCCACUCUUGGCUCUUCUGCACCUUCCAACCAGCUGCAUCCCUUGUUGCGCCAAAAUACCCCUGCACCAAACAUGAUCAAGAUGCGGCAGCAUCCACAGCGUAGUCGGAGACGCUCUUGCGUCUUGAUCUGCACGUCAACAGCAGCGACUGUGGUUUGGAUAGGUCAGUGCCAGGGUGUAGGCAGGCGAUGGUUAGGCAAUUGA